AUCCAAACCGUCAGUCACAGGAUGCACAGUCGCGCGCAACGGCGGAGCAACCAUCACCGUACCGACGAAAGGGUUAUCUCCGGCGGUGCAGGUGCAACACCGGGUCAUGCGGCAGCGGCAUCUUCAUGGCGACGUUACUGGUUCUGCGUCGGUGUUACUAGCGCCCGACGGAUCUUUAAAAUUCGCGAACGAAUUGCAUCAGGUGGAUCUAUCAAACGGCCUUCGAUACGCAAAAUGGAAUUAGUCAGAAACUUAUGGAGGAAAUCGACUCUGAUAUACAAGAGCGGCGUUCAGUGUACGUCAUUGAGACACAGUGGCACUUCAACGUCGAAUGUAGCCGAAGUAGCGGUGUUUUCACGAGACGGCGAUUCCGGACUGACAAUCACGGAUGCCGGUGACACAAAGCCAAAGGACGAUAUGAUUUUCAAUGCUCUCGGAGCGACCGAUGAACUGUCCUCAUACAUAGGGCUAGCGAGAGAGUUUGCCUGUGACGGAAAGGUUGAACAUCCGUAUGUCGAUAAGCUUAAGAGAGUUCAAAUGAUACUGUUCGAUCUUAGCCAUGCCAUAUCGAAGUCGGUACCUGGGAAAACUAGGUCCUUUGAAAGCAAGCAUACAAAAGAUCUCGAAGAGUGGAUACUCGAGUAUGCGAAUCAACUGCCCCCUCCAGAGGAUUAUAUCAUUCCAGGCGGUGGAAAAGCUUGCGCUUCCUUACACGUUGCACGAACGGUAUGUAGGCGUGCGGAGAGAAGUAUCACGACGCUAGUGCGAGACGGUGCUCUGGAUAAAGAGGCACAAACGUAUUUGAAUAGAUUGUCAGAUUUCCUUUUAACAGUGUCGCGUAUAGCGGCCAAGUGUGAUCAACGCACAGAGAAUAUUUAUAUUCCACGAGCGGAGGUGACGGAGGAAAAGUGAAGGACUGAUUUAGUGACUUUUCUUUUUGUAGGAUAUUGAUUUUUUGCACUUACGUAAACGUUAUAGAUAUUCAACGCUGUGUACGCAAAUAUAAGUACCUGUAGCUUAGCUGCGAAUUCUGGUAGUGUGAUUAAUUGCCUCCAGUUGUUACCAAACCUACCUCUACGUUGAGUGAAUAGUGAGUACAUUUUGCAGGCAGCGUACAUAAUACAUAUCGUAGAGAGAAAGUUGGAAAUAUUUUUAAACAGAAUAAAACUACUCAAAUAAAGAGUACGUUGUAAUGGUCAAUUUAAAGUUUAAUUGAAUUCUUAUUACUUUAAAUAGAAAUAGCUACGGUAAAGAUAUUGUUGUACAACACGCGUAUGUAGAUAAUUUAAAUAAGACUUGUAAAUA